AAAAACCCGAUCCUAAGUUUUCGAAAAAGGAACCAUCCGUCCGGUCGUGACACACGGGUGACGUGUGUGUUGGUGUCAGAAGCGCCUCGACGUCGGCACCGAACGCGUCGCCCCGUGCUCACUCCCCGCCGUCGCUCCGUCACUGAAACAUGCCUUCCUCGCCCAGCUCGACCAUCGUGGGUUCCGGCGGCCGCUCCCCGGCCCGCACGGUGUCCCCGCGCAGUGGGGGGUCGGGCUCCAUGGCCAGGCAGUCGGGCGGAACCACGGCCAGGCAGCGCAAGACCACCACCUCCACCUCCGGCCGCAGCUCGGCCUCGACGGGAGGCAUGUGGAGGUUCUACACCGACGACUCUCCAGGAAUCAAAGUAGGCCCCCUGCCCGUGCUUGUCGGUUCUCUCGUCUUCAUUGCCACCGUCUUCAUGCUCCACAUCUGGGGCAAGUACACGCGCUCUUAGACACCCCCCAAUGGAUACAGACAGACCUUUUCCAAGUCGUGUGCGAGUGACGUUGUGAAGCUGUCGGCAAGUGGUGUGAAUGAAUGGCUGAAUGC